UAUUGAUGAGAAGACAUCACUCAGACUCCCACAAUCAUGGGUACUCCGUGUCGUCUUUUCGUUGCUGCUUGCAGUUGUAGUAGAGCAUGUUUCUGCAGAUGCCAAGUCCAUCCUACGGUCUUAGACGUGCCUAUGAUGCGAUCCUGCACGUAUUUACAUGCUUGAAGGGCCUUGUUUUAGGCGAGGACUCGUCGUCGUGAGUUGAUAUAAUGCCGACAACUACGCCAAGGCCGUGGAAAUGGCCAGCGACUCUUGCUUACCUUUGCUUUUGCAGAUGGCAGCUGCGUGGUGUUGACGAAAGCUUUCUCCUUCUUCGGACUUUAAUUGAGGGACAACGACAAGAAGACCAACUACAAAGUGAAUCCGGGCGAAGGAAAACUUCUACAACAAAUCGAAGAACAGUGCUGGGGAAUGAACAAAAUGACGCUACAACUUCGCUCGAUACGUCAGACGCUGAUCACGAUGUUGCCUUUUUGCAACUCUUGGGCUUUGGCGGAAGCCCGAGAACUCGACGGGCUCUCUCCAGAAGUAUCCGGAGACGGUUUCAGAUUCAUUCGUCCAAAACAGAAAAGCAUAGAUCCAUGAGGAAAGAUGAACAAGGACUCACCUCUUCCAAGGCCGAUUCCAACGGUGCCUCUCCUGCAAGAGAUGAAGUAGAGCGAUCUCCACCAACAAAACUGUCCUCACGAAAAAAUCGCAUCGCGCUUUGUCUUACUGGGUCUGCCUGCUUUUUGCAGAAUCCUGCAAUCUACUUGUCGUUAAAAAAGAACUUGGUUGAGCCCUACGCGCAUCACAGCGAUUUUUACAUCUUUUGGAUCUUCACAAAAUUUUUCAGCAAAGCGGAGGAGUCUGAUCUAGUAGGGUCAAAGAGCCACGUUGAGCAAUUAGGAGAAACGAAUGCGCGUGACUACGAGUCCUGGUGCGACGAAGACUCAACUGAUCUGUCUCCUGCUGGCCAUGCUCUUGAACCUGUAGGGUGGAUGCGACAUGCCGGACAUGGUAAUUACUCCCUCUCCCAAUCCGCAACGUUGGCUCAGUGCUCAAAUGAAGUGCAUGAAUAUGAAAAAAGGUCUGGCGGCGUUAAAUUCGAUUACGUGAUGCGAUCCCGCACAGAUUUGCUGUUUACUAGACGUUUUCCUAGCUUGAAAUCCUUCCUCGCGAUGGAAGCAGAGCAGUUCGCAGAAGACCUCAAAAGCAAGAUGAAGACCAUUUUCCUCGUGGGCGAUCUCUUUCUCUUUGGCCCGCGGGAUGAAAUGCUUUUGGUACUCGAACUUACGUGGGCUUUAGCUCUCAAAACUGGAGGGAGCGAGGGAGCGAUGGAACACGCGUUGACUUCUAGUCUGAGGGGAAUGAGCCGCAAAACGCGGUAUGCUUUCCACUGUGACGUCCAAUGCUGCAAGACUGAGGUCUUCUUGCCAAUCGCUGACCUGAAAAAGAGCGGGCUGGCAGAUAGGGUUUUCUACUGGCCAGCGCCAAAGUUUCUUCUGCCAACGAACCACGCCAGAUGGGGGACGAAAAGCGCGCCUUUCAGUGAGGUUGCAGUGGCGAGGAAAAGAACAUCUUCUAUACCUGAAGUGAUGAAAGUGGUUCUGAAAUGGAACCAGAGAAGAUCCGACGAUCCUGCGGCUGUGGAUGGUUUGGCGUUAUCGGAACGCAUAUCCAAACCGACGUGGUCUUCAAGGAUCGCAUUUGCAGAAUAUCGACGUCAGCAUCAAAAUUUGAAAUCGAGCAAGGGAGUAAUGGAUACAAUGAUACUUGAUACAUCAGAGCUCGCGCGAGGAGAUGAGUUAGAGAAGGUGACGGCUGAGACUCAGAGUAAAAAGAGGCUUACGUCACUGGUCACCAGUCAGCAGGUGGAGCCAGUCACGUCGCUAGUUUUAGCGAAUCCAGAAAAGAGUAUGAGUAGCAACGUCAGCACCAGCAACAGUAGAGCCACGCCCGAUAAAGCUGAAACUGAAAGUCAUGCGCAACAUGCGACUAGUAGGAAAGCAGACCGAUGCAUUCGCACUGCGUUUAAGCGUCAUAGGGAUCUUCGGAUAUUCACGGAGGAUAGCAUGGGCCUAGUUCCAACCUGUAAGAUCGCCCUUUUUAACUUGACAUCCUGUGAACUACAGGACGAAACAUGGUCACUAAAGGCACUGAAAAAGAAGGAGAAUCACUAUGAUGAAUCAACGUGGUGGUCAACAUCGAGGGAGAAGAAGAAGAAGACACUGAGCGAGAAGCAGGAGCAGUAUCACUCAGGGACAAAAGAGUCGGAAAAACAACACCGACAACAAAUACAAAAGGAAAAGGGUACUUCUAGAGGUACUAGCGGAAGCAGCACCAGCGCUAGCACGUCGCUGGUCGUGGCUUCAGAGCGAGAACAGCAACAACAAAAAGGCAGGAGUACUACGUGGAGCGUCGAGACAGAGUCUUCACAACAAAAUGAUGCUACUCCUCUCACAAGCUCUUCAUUAUCGGGAGGUUUAUCAAAUAAAACGACAGGACCACGAUCAGGAGCAACUACUACAGGUACUGGCACAGGAGGUGGAGGAUACCAUGAUAGUACUACAAGUAGUAGUACCGGAGACAAGUCGAUAAGAAAUGCCACCCCGGGAACUACGAGUGUCAUGCUGGUCCAGCCAGAGGCUGAAGAUGUCGAUAGCAUACUUCUAGAUCUAAAACAACAGCUACUUGGACACGGAGUGGUCGCUGUGCAACUGUCUACAGCCGUUCGUACCCCACGACCACAACAAGCAGCAUUUUUGAAGCUGAAAGCAGAUCGUGAGAGUUACAGCUUCCUAGGCGAGACUUGGCAGAGGAAGUCCGUCGAAGAAGACCCACGCAGGAUAGAGGCGAUGAGAAAGCAUCAGGGGUCCUACCUAGGGCCGGGCUUCAGCCUGAGCAAUCAGUUCCGCGACGUCAUGGCUUCCUACGCGAUAAUGUCUCAAUUGGAACAGUGGAUUUUGGCUAGACAGCAAGAAGAAGAAGGGAGCAGGAGCGGGAGACGAAGUAUCAAGUACCGGGGGAUGUACGUUGUUGAAGACGAUACCUUGUUCUGUCUUGAGAAUUUCGCAGCUUUAGCAGAUUUAUUGGACUAUGUUCGACAAGAGGUGAACCCAGGCCGAAAUGAAUCAGAGCAGGUUCGUCUCAUCAUGACAGGACUCGGAGCGUCGGGCUUUCUUUUUACGCCAGGGUCGCUGUCUUGGUUUUACCGAGGAUUGGAGCUCGCCUAUCUACACCACAACGGUAGUGCUCGUUUUGCACCUGAUACCUUUGUCCUGGGUUCGAGCUGGGGCACUACGCACCCUUUUAGGAGAUCGGUUCAGCGACACACGUUUACCCUGAAGGUCACUUUGAAUGCUCAUUUGCCGGGUCCUAGUGUAAGCGGCUGGGAUCCUGGAAGUGCGAAUAAAAUCUGGCCAGAAUGUUUCGAGUACGCCUGUGCGCAUCAGGCAACGAUUGUUCCUUUUGAUUUUGAAGGUUGUACUGCAUGGGAUGGCUUCCUGUAUUCACCUCAAUCAUCUCCGAGAUGCAUUCGGGCCAAUGCCGCGACCGCUUCGCAAACAUUCGUCACUCGAUUGAAGGGCUUGAUGCGUGGUUUUUCAGGUAUUUGUUGCCGGCAAAAUGAAAAGUUGCGGAAUGUUCUUGACCCUCCUCGUCCGACAACGACCACUACGACGACUACUACUUUAUCCUCGAAUAGUACUACUAGUACUGCGUCUACGUCGAGUACCAGUACUACAAUUGCAGCGUGGACGAGUACAACUCCAUCUUCGCCAAGUUCUACUAGCUCGGUUCUGGUGGCGAUGGGUACAACAACUUCGUCUCCUGCAACAUCAGCAUCUUCGGCAUUAGUAAAAAUACGUUAAUGAUAACGUUCUCGUUCAUUUCUCAUCUAUGAUCCUGAGCCGAAUGUGUUGCAGCUCUGCAGUUACUCUUCUCGGUUCGUCUUUCUGCUAUCCUGAUACGAAGGUACUUACUCUCUUAGGUUCAACGACUGUGGCACUGGUUCUUGGCGGCACGGAGUAGAUAGAGACACGAAGAAGAGGGAGCGUCAUUCUUAGGUUCGAAAGGGCUGCAUUGUCUCUCCGACAUCCUAGGCCAUCUGCUGUCGCUAUUUUAGCGUGGUGUGUUGCUUAACCUCUAGCAUUAUCUUCAUCCCAAGGAAGUGGGGGAAGUUUGGGAGCGAGGCUAUAGAAUGAUAAGCAUGGUUAAUUGAUCUUGCCUCUUGGUCUAAGCCCUUAACACUCUUGUAUAUUCCGCUUGCAGUAUUACGGCUUCUGCCGGAACAAGAGUAUUAUCUAUCAUGUACACUUACAGAUACAGGCUGAGCCUGUUGUGAUAUUGAUGCUGGAUUUUCUGUGUAAAAGAUACUUAUGCAAAAGAAGAAAAACUAUUUCAAAUUUUGUUGUUCUGGAAAGUGAUCACAGUGGGUAUCACACUGAAGCUACUAUAGCCUCUCACUAAUUUAUAGUAAAAAAGAUUAUAUGUUUUUUAGGAUGAAGAAUCAAACAGAUGAUAUUGGUAGGAGAGCACCGCACUGGUAAGAAUGAGAAUCUUUCCCUAGAUCAAGUUAAGCCAGACGAUGUAACGAGUCUUCGUUGUCCCCACCACUCCCAGACCAGACGCAAGCUCUUACAUAUCAAAGCUAGUCUAUCUGUCGCGCAGAUUCAUUCCUCGUGUGGCGUGUGGAGGUAGGCGAGACUUGAACCGAGCACCUGCCUCCUAUUAUCUUAGGCCCUUCGUCGCUUAAGUCGUUGAAAGCGUCAAGGUCCUGCUUCAUAGCUGGGCAUGCCGUUUGCUCUCUGGUGAGAGGCGUCAGGGUGCUCAUACCUCGAAUGCAAUUGCAAGCUAGGCCGUUCGGCCAACCUAGCGCCAGGCAAUCGCUAGGGGUAGACGUCAUCAUGAUAGAGCAGUCAGAUGUGUGCUCUGAAGAACUUAGGACCCAUGACCUUUGUUCCUUCUAGGUUCGACUCGGCGGAAAAGCUUCAGCACGUAGGGGGCACCGGGCCACUUUUGCGCGGAGGCAGCCCCAAUCGUCGCGGGGAGGGUUUCUCCGGCGUUUGGUUGAGCUGCUAGUAAGGAUAAGGCGUUUAACUUUCUGAGGGGGAAAGAGUUGCCUGAGCCGACCCCGCGUCUUCGCUCGCUGUUCCACGCAAGGGCGGAGCCCUUGCUGUGCUUUUUGGGUGUGUCGAUCGCACUCAGCGCAGGCACGUGCCGCUCGUGCGUUGAGAUGUUAAAACUAAAAGGCCGCGGGUGCCUUACCUCAGGCGCGGCUUGUCUCGUGUUUAAGUCGAAGAACCUAGCCAAGGCUAUGACCUUACACGGGAGGACAAUUAUAGGCCAGAGCCAAAAAAGAAGCACACACCCGCCGCGGACGGAUCAGACAAGCUAGCAAGCGACACAAGAAAGCAGACGGGUGAGAGGCUGGCGGCGCAUGGGCGUGGCGAAGAGAGACAACGACAAAACCAAGCACCCGCGGGUGGCCUUGCUUUCAGAAUCUUCGACCAUACCACAGGGGGGGCCUCCCUCCCUGGUACGUAUUAAUAGGAU